AUGAGCUUCUCUAUACUACUCCAUACAAUCAUUGUUUUAGUUUUCUCCACAUUCUUCCUUUGCAAUACUUCCACCCCCCUCUCCAAACCUGGAAACUACACAGAUCACCAAGCAUUGCUUUCAAUAAAAGCAAGCAUAGUAUCCGAUCCUCUUCAAUUUACAACUUCAUGGAAUGAGUCCACUCAUUUCUGUGAAUGGGCUGGAAUCACUUGCGGCCGCAAGCAUCAGAGAGUCACCAAAAUUGAUUUCCACUCCACCAAACUUGGUGGCUCUUUGUCACCAUACAUUGGCAACUUGAGUUUCCUCCGGGAAUUGCUUCUCUACAACAAUAGCUUUACAGGCAUAAUCCCAGAGGAAAUUGGUCGGCUUUCAAGACUACAAGUGCUUAAUCUCUCCAACAAUUUGUUUUCAGGUGAAAUACCAAAAAACAUAUCACACUGUUUUAACUUGAUUACUCUCCGUUUGGAUUAUAAUGACCUUACUGGCAGAUUCCCUUUGGAAUUUCAAUCAUUGUCCAAGCUUCAAUACCUGGCUGUUUUUAAAAACAAUUUGGUAGGAGAAAUACCUGCUUAUAUAGGGAACUUUUCAUCACUUGUAAAACUUUCUUUUAUGGGUAACAACUUUGAAGGAAAGAUCCCUGAUUCUCUUGGCCAAUUACACAAACUUUCUUUCCUUUCGCUGGCCAUGAACAACUUGUCUGGAGCCAUUCCCUCACCCAUUUUCAAUCUGUCAUCAUUGGAAGUACUUGAAGUAUUAUCUAAUCGACUUCACGGCUAUCUUCCACUAAAUAUAGGCUCCACUCUUCCAAGUCUUGAACAUUUUAAUAUAGGCAAUAAUCAUUUUAUUGGGUCACUUCCCAGCUCAAUAUCAAAUGCCACGAGACUUCGGCAGCUUGAUGCCACUAGCAAUGGUUUUACAGGAAGAGUUCCAUCAUUUAAUGGACUCGACCAGUUAGACUACCUGGGGCUUAGUGACAAUCCUCUUGGUAAUGGAAAGUCCAAUGAUUUGGAUUCCAUGUUGUCUCAGCUUCUCAAUAGUACGACUAUGUUACAAGCCUUAUUCCUAGCUGGCUGCAAUUUUGGAGGGGUUUUGCCAAGAAUUAUAGGCAAUUUUUCGAGGCUUAGGGGGUUUUCAGUAGCUGGAAAUGUCAUACUCGGAGAUAUUCCAAGUGAAUUUGGUCUUCUUUUUAACCUGGAAUACUUAGAAUUGUAUAGAAACCAGCUAAGUGGCACUAUCCCGAGUUCAUUGGGAAGUCUUCAAUUGCUUAAUUACUUAAACCUCGCAGGAAACAAACUGUCAGGGGAGAUUCCAUCUUCAAUAGGAAAUAUGUCCAUGCUGAGUAAACUCUACCUACAAUCCAAUAACCUACUUGGUUCUAUACCAAUAAGCCUUGAAGAAUCCAAGAAUUUGUUAGAGUUAAACCUUGCUAGAAACGAACUCAACGGCUACCUCCCUAAAGAGAUUUUCCAUUCUAGAUCCUCACUAGUAAAUUUGGACUUCUCUACCAAUCACUUCACAGGUCCUCUUCCUUCAGAAAUUGGUGGGUUGAAACAUUUGGUCUCACUCAACCUCUCAAACAACAUGUUAUCAGGUGCACUUUCCAAUACCCUCGGUUCUUUGGCUGGCUUGACUGAUCUCAACUUGAGCUGCAAUUUUUUCCAAGGAUUUAUUCCGUCUACUUUUGCUUCUUUAAAAAGCCUUCAAGCUUUAGAUCUAUCUCGUAAUAACCUCACGGGAAAAAUCCCAAAGUUUCUUGGUAAUCUUCCAUUCUUAAACCGCCUGAAUUUAUCUUUCAACGAAUUUGAUGGCGAGGUACCAAGUGAGGGAAUUUUCAAAAACGAGAGCGAUGUUGUACUUAGUGGUAACAACAAGCUUUGUGGAGGUUUAGGAAAGUUCAGCAAUGUUUAUAGAGGCAUUCUUGAGGAUGGCUUAACAUUUAUUGCAGUUAAGGUGCUCAAACUUGAUGUGAGAGGAGCAUCUAAGAGCUUUUUAACUGAAUGUGAAGCAUUGCGACAAAUUAGGCAUCGAAACCUGGUAAAAAUUUUGACCUCUUGUUGCAGCAUUGAUCAUGAAGGUAAUGACUUCAUGGCCAUAGUGUAUGAGUAUAUGGUUAAUGGUAGCUUGGAUAAGUGGUUGCAAAAUCAUUCAGAAAACAGCGAAGAAAACAAUGAUCCAAGGAAUUUGAGCUUGUUACAGAGAGUGAAUAUCGUAAUUGAUGUGACAAAUGCACUUGAUUAUCUUCAUAAUCAUUUAGAGACGUACUUAGUACAUUGUGAUUUGAAGCCUUGUAAUAUUUUGUUGGAUGGAAACUUGGUUGCUCAUGUAGGUGAUUUUGGAUUAGCAAAGUUUCUUCCUACACUUGCGUCUUCAUCACACCAAAUGAUGAGUUCUGCGGGAAUUAAAGGGACUAUUGGAUAUGCAGCUCCAGAAUAUGGGAUGGGAAGUGAAUUGUCAACCUAUGGCGAUAUAUAUAGUUAUGGAAUUCUUUUGCUGGAAAUAUUUACUGGUAAAAGCCCUACGAGUGAUAUUUUCAAUAAUGGUUUAACACUCCAUAACUAUGUUAGAGUGGCUCUACCUAAGCAAGUUACUGAGGUUGUAGAUCCAAAGCUAUUCCACACAAGUGCAAAUGCGACAUCUAAAAGUCUUGUACAUCGAGAUUUGAUUCUAGAGUGCCUUAUAUCGAUUUUUAAGAUUGGAAUUGCUUGUUCCGUGGAGUUACCAAGGGACAGAAUGAACAUUGGCAAUGUUCUCAAAGAGUUGCAUUCAAUUAAAGACACCCUUUUGAAACUUGGAGACAUUAAUACCAUCCCUUGGUGA